AUGAGGGUGCUGCGGGAUCGGCAAGACUACAUCAGCGCCGUGCAGAGCUACCCUCCAACAGAUCAACCCAGCUUGGACUGGUCAUCGUUGGGGAAGCUCUGGGACGAAUGGCAAAUCCAGUGUCUAAUGCUUGUAAGCUUUGGACUACAGGUCUUUCUCUUCUUCACAGCAGGCAUGCGAAGACGCAGCGAGUCACGCAUCCUCAGGUUGCUCCUAUGGCUGGCUUACUUGUCAGCCGACUUCGUGGCCAUUUUCGCUCUCGGGCAUCUCGCGCUCCACGCCAACGGACCUCAACACCAGCUUCUUUUCUUCUGGGCACCGUUCGUGCUCCUCCACCUAGGCGGGCAGGAUACCAUGACCGCCUUCUCCAUGCAGGACAAUGAACUAUGGAUGCGGCACCUGUUAGGGCUGGUCACCCAAGUAACUGCAGCUGGAUACGUCAUCUCUAGGACUUCAUGGCCGGAUAGGCGGCUCCUGGCUGCCAUGGUGCUCAUGUUUCUCUCUGGGUGCUUCAAGUAUGCUGAACGUACCCUAUGCCUUUACAAAGCCAGCCCAACAAGUAUAAGAGAGUCUUCCUUUGCUUCCUUGAAUGAGUGCGCGCAUAGUAUUGCAGUGGGUAGAGAUCAGUGGGCCUAUUUUUGGCCGCACAGAUUACAGGAAAUGCUUAAUGCAGAUGGAAGACGUCCUUCAUCUCAAAUGUUUGACGUCGAUUCAUCAACUGCCAUUUCUCUGGUAUCAGAUACUCCAGUCAAUGAUGGUAGUACUAUGCAAGCUGAACACCAGGACAUACAAAGCUUAAACAAGGAGUUGAAAUCCAGUAAAGACCGAUGCAGAGUCUAUGAUUAUGUUAGUCCACGACUCGCGCUUAUUUAUGAACGCCUCUACACCAAGGCCCUGCUUCGUUAUUCCAUCGUACAUGGAGUCAGAAGAACACGUUAUGAUGGCGAUAUUUUAUUAGGAGUAUGUUUUUGUUGUUUUGUACUAUGUAUCCCUUGUUACAUGCCUCUCCUAGUUUACGGCUUGCUGCUUCUGUUUCCACUCCUUUCAACCAUGACAGCGCUGAUGCUGUUCAAGUAUGUAGAGAAGAGCCAACUCUACAGCCGAGCUGAUGUCACGGUGUCAUAUGUAUUGCUCAUAGGGGCCAUGAUCUUGGAGGCGGCAUCUCUCUUCAUCUGCAUUCUAUCCUAUUCACCCUACAGGGAUAUAUUAUAUCAGAGUGCAAGAAAACAAUGGUCUGAAAUGCUAGGGCAGUACAACAUGACCAAGAGUCUCACCAGACAAAGCAUCUUGUCGUUUGUGCCCCAAAGGGCUGCAAAGCAUCUAGAUGACAAUACAUCAAGCAUCACCAUUUCCGAAGAUCUCAAGAAGUUUGUGCUUGACAAACUGUUGGACUUCGGAACAAGGAAAGAAGACUGGAAUUUCGCCAACUUCCAUGGUAAAUUAGCACUUGGGAAAUGGAUGGACAGACAUAAACAUUUAGUUUGCGGAAGGCUUAACUCGAGCAUCAAUGAUUUGGAUCUCCCAACAAGUGUGCUGAUCAUGCACAUUGCCACAGAGAUAUUAUACUUUCAAGACAGUGAGAGCAUUAAUUCACAUAAGCAAACAGUGAAGAAGAUGAGCAGAGAGCUAUCAAACUAUAUCAUGUAUCUUGUCUUCAAGUGUGGUGUGAUGCUUACGGCCAGAACAGAGAUCCUGCAUGACAAAGCUCAACGCGAAAUGAAGCGAGAUUUGAAAGGGGAUAAUAAUAUAUGUGAGAAGGAAGCUAUCAUGGAGGUGUUUGAAUCCCACCAUACGAAUUAUUAUCUCCGAACUCCCAGAGAACAAGCAGCUGACAUACAACUUCUCAUGGACACAUGGACAUCUCUCCAUUCACCAAUUUUGCCUCGUGCAUGUGACGUGGCCCAGGAACUCAUUGACAUCCACAGGGAAGUUGACUGCUGGGACCUUGUGAGCGCAGUGUGGGUGGAGAUGCUUUACUAUAUCGCACCUCGUUGCGGAGGUACUUUUCAUUCCCAACAUCUUAGCACAGGUGGUGAGUUCAUCACACAUGUACUCCACCUGAUGCAACUUUUAGGCCCUUUUAUACCACCUCCAAGUGCAUAG